AGACUUUUGCUUGAAAACGCCUAUUAUGUAGAGAUCGUAUAAAUAACGUAAGAGUAUAACUCUACAAUAGUUUAUCUGGUUUCAAUCUUAAGUAAGGCCAAGAUGUGGUGUGUGUUGGUCACAGCGAGUCUCACAAUAUUUUUUCUAGGGGUUGCACCCUCAUCGCAAGAAGAAAAUGUUGUGGUUGAAGAUAUGUACAGAGGUUCUGUACCCCCAUUUUCCCCACGAACGGGAAGAGAUGUGAGGGAUGGGGUUGCACCCUCAUCGCAAAAAGAAAAUAUUGUGGAUGAAAAUGUCAUGGACCAAUUCCCUACAGGUGCUCCAGGGGGACGAAUCGGAAGAGAUGUGAGGGAUGGGGUUGCACCCUCAUCGCAAAAAGAAAAUAUUGUGGAUGAAAAUGUCAUGGACCAAUUUUCUACGGGUGCUCCAGCGGGACGAUUCGGAAGAGAUGUGAGUGAUGAAUUGAAUGAAAGGCUCGUUGACGACAACAAUGACAGUGACAUGGAAGGCAUUUGCCGUCCUCCUAAAUGUAUUAUAUAGUAUUGUGUCCCUAGACCGGGGGGCAAGUAAUUACAGCCAAUCUUUCUAGCCUUGUCGGUCCUAUCCAUUAAGGUGACCUGCAUCCACAUCACGUUUUACAGCAUACGCUUCAACUACGGCCUCAUUGCACUUACUUGUAAUCCAUAAUAAUUAUUAAUAAAGUAUUUAAAAUAAUA